CUGAUAUUCGGCAAAUUUGCUGAACGGCGUUUGUGUUGCCGCAUAAUUGUUAGGAAAGCAAAGUGUACCAUUGUCAAUCAUUUUCAUUCGCAAUAGAAGAAAAUGUCGUCCAUCUUAGUCCCGGAUAUUCCAGCUCCUGGAUUUUCUUUUGAUUUAUGUCAAAGGAAUUCCCUAUUGGAGAAAAAGGGAUAUCCAGCUCCCAAAGCACAAAAAACUGGCACAACGAUUGUUGCUAUUGUUUAUAAAGAUGGUGUUAUUCUUGGUGCUGACACAAGAGCUACUGAAGGCAACAUCGUUGCAGACAAACUUUGCAGUAAAAUCCAUUUCUUAGCUGAUAAUAUGUAUUGCUGCGGUGCUGGUACAGCUGCAGAUACAGAGGCAACAACUAACAUGAUUUCAAGUCAAUUAGAACUCCAUCGUCUUAAUACCAACAGAGUUGUUCCAGUUGUAACAGCUGCUAAAAUGUUGAGCCAAAUGCUCUUCCGUUAUCAAGGACAUAUUGGAGCUGCGUUGAUUGUUGGUGGUGUUGAUAAUGCAGGCCCUCACGUUUAUUGUAUUUAUCCCCACGGAUCCUGUGAUUCUCUACAAUAUACAACUAUGGGAUCUGGAUCUUUAGCAGCUAUGUCAGUUUUUGAAAGCCAGUGGAGACCAAAUAUGAGUGAGGAGGAAGGCAAAGAACUGGUAGCAGACGCCAUUCGUGCUGGUGUUUUCAAUGAUCUUGGAUCAGGAAGCAGCGUUGACCUGUGCGUUAUUCGCAAAGGAUCUGUAGAUUAUCUUAGACCUUACGAGAUGUCAUGUAAAAAGGGAGAGAAGCAAGGAACUUAUCGUUACAAACGUGGUACAACUGCCAUUCUUCAGAAGUCAGUCAGACCAAUUAUUAUCGAGGAUGAAAUGAUUCAACGAGUCGAUCACGAAUCAAUGGACACUUCAUCUUGAAAAAUUUUAUUUUCUUCAAAAUAAUUAAUUGUUUAUUACUCUACGCUAAUUAUUAAAAUAAAAUCAAGU